AUGGCAGCCAUCACGAAUGUUGGAAUUUAUUGGAUAAUAUUCCUUGGUUUGAUGUUAGAACCAAUUGCCUUUGGUGAUAUAAUUUCGACGGAUAAGAAAUCUUCCAAGAAAUCGAUUACGAGGCUAGCAAUCGUUGCCUUGACAAACGCCUCUAAAACCAACUGCAGUGACGAUUAUCAACAGAAUCGUGACAUUGGCGAUAUUGAUUCUAAUGGAUCUACAGAAGCUUUUGGCCUCGUGCGAAUUCUUAUCAUUGCUGGAGUCGGAGCAACCGUCGUCAUAUCACUUGUUGUGACCUUUGCAUGCGUAAGAAAGGUGGAUCGCCGAGUUAUCUACUCACCCCGUGAUCACUCAAGCAGAUGGCGUGCCCAUGCGACGUCUCAGGAACUCGAAGAGCGCCCACUCGCUAACCAACAGAAUCCAAGUAAUAUACCCGAACUUCCACCACGCAGCAUUAGCAUUAUGCAGCAGGCCUCUGGUGCUGAUUCAGCACCAAAUACAGACACUCUGAAUAAUGAUACCACUGGUUUGGAGAUGCCCGUGCUGGAGUCAAAUUUCUACCAUGUCCUCGCCAAUGAAGAUAACAUCGAGAUGGACAACGGAGGACUGUCGCCGACAUCUGAAAAUGCGUAUGCAUACGCUGAUUGUCAAUCUUACAUGGACAGCUUUGUGCGAUCAGCAGCUUUUAUUCAAAGGCAGAAUGAUAUGAAGCCGUAUCCUGAAGAUACAGAAGAAAUAGAACAGGAAAUGAUCAACAAUGAACUGUAUGCCAUCUCCCACAAGUGAUACUUAAGAAAAGUGACUUACAUGCAUGUCAAUCGGUGGCCCACUGUAACAGAAAUCAUUUUAGUAGCAGAUGGGAUAUACAAAAUACAAAAUAUAACGAUACAUUAUAUAAACAUAUAUUCUCAAGGUAUACGUAUAGUCCUACAUGACAUAGUAUUUUUAGACACAUUUUAAAUUCAAGGCUAUAUAUAUAAUUCAAUGCAGAAUAAAAGGAAUCACAUAAAUCGGCUUUAUUUAGGGCAUGCCAAUGAAGGUUAGAACCUGUCGGAUAAAUGUUGUAUUUUUUUUUCAAAAUGUCAGUGUGAGUAUAUGUGUACAUGUUCAUUAAAAAUUAUAGAAAUAAAGUGUUACUUGUUUCAGUUGAUACAAUGAUAUAGGUUCUACAAUAACAUGUCGCAUAUCUAUCUAGAUACGUAAUAUGAAUUUGUCUACAAUAUUGCCUUUAAACAAAACAAAAACAAUAUAAGAACAUUUGGUCUGAAUAUUUUCACAUACAAUCUUAACGAUGAUCAUGAUGAUAUAUCCUAAUAAUGAAACUUGAAAUUAUAUGAUCAAACCUCCCAUAAAAAGUCCGAAAAACCCCACUUCCGAUUCCAAAUCACAAUGACAUUAUCAUCGGCAGCUGUGAUUUAGAAGUUUUACAAGACAAAUCAAAAUAAAGGCUACAUGGUCAUUGCUGGUUAUUUGGUUCGUCAUUUAUGGGUUUUAUCCGAUAAGUUAUACUUACAAUAAGAAUCAUCAUUAGAAAUAACGAGCAGUCGUCAGGGCUCCGCUCUGUCGCCAAUUUUCUUCAGAUAAAGAAUCGUUUUAUUUUAAGCAUUGAUAAGUGAUUAAUUUACAUCGAAAUGAAGCUGACUGAUGUUGGUUACAAAUGCAUUAUUAAAGGAACCAAAACCCCAAGAAGAAAAACAAUCUUAUAGGAAAGAGUAAAUUCAGAGGAACAAUUAAAAAAAUCAUACAAAUCGGUAAUGAAAUAAGCACGUUAUGGAC